AAAAAAAAAAAAAAAAUCAAAUCCGAAGAGGUGAUUUUGAAAUUUCAGAUAACGCUGAAAUUUUAUUUACUCUCGCCGGAGUUUUCUCCUCUCACCGUCUUCUCUCUCGCCGCCGCCGUACACAGUUGUUCUUCUCCAAACUACAGUUUCCUCCUCCGCCGCUCUUGAAGAUGAUUGGAUCGUUUCUUACAAGAGGAUUGGUGAUGGUGUUGGGUUAUGCUUACCCUGCUUAUGAAUGUUACAAGACUGUUGAAAAGAAUAGGCCUGAAAUCGAACAGCUUCGGUUUUGGUGCCAGUACUGGAUAUUGGUUGCUUGCUUGACAGUUUUUGAGAGAGUUGGUGAUGCGUUUGUUUCGUGGGUUCCGAUGUAUAGUGAAGCUAAGUUGGCUUUCUUCAUAUACCUUUGGUAUCCUAAAACCAGGGGUACAACAUAUGUCUACGAGUCCUUCUUUAGGCCGUAUCUAUCACAGCAUGAGAAUGACAUAGACCAUAGUUUGUUGGAGCUAAGGACAAGAGCUGGAGAUAUGGCUGUUAUAUACUGGCAACGAGUUGCAAGCUAUGGGCAGACUAGAAUCCUCGAGAUUUUGCAGUAUGUUGCUGCACAAUCAACUCCAAGGCCGCAGCCACCUCAGAAACGUGGAGGUAGAGCUAAUCAAGCUCCUGCUAAGCCAAAGAAAGCCCCUAUCCCCCAACCAGAAUCUGAAGACGCAUCAUUACCCUUGUCGUCUAGCUCAUCGUCAAGUGAAAAUGAAGGCAGUGAACCAACCGGUAAAGCAGCAGGCCCGUCAAGACCUAGACCAAAAGUGACAUCUGUUCCAGUCACAGAGACCAAAACCACUGGUAUCACUCAGAUAACACAAAAAUCAGUCUCUUCCCCGGUUGUAACCCCAACUCAAUCAACAACCCAAGUAGAAACAGAAUCAAUGCAGAUAGAUUCAGUGGAAGGAGAAGCAGAAUCAGGGAAUGAAAAUCCGAAUCCCGAAGGUCCUAAAGAGACAGUGAUGGAGGAGACAAUCAGGAUGACUCGUGGGAGGUUGAGGAAGACGCGUUCUGAGGAAAGCCGUUGAAAGAAGAAAGAAGAAAGAAGCUCUGUUCUUUACAAAAUUGUUAAUUACUUGGAUAAAAUUGGUGGCUCUUCUCUCUUUUUACUGCUUCUAGAAUUACGUUUGACAGUAACUAACAAACUUGUAUGAAAAGUAAAUUUGUUGGUUUCGUUCUUUCAUUCAUCA